UCAAAUAAAAACUCAAUUUCCCAUCCACCACCGCGGCUCCUCCCCCUCCCAUCUCGCGCCUUCCCUCUUGUCUCUCCUCGAACUGCUAGCCGACGGUGUGUUGUUGUCGAAGCAAUGAUGGCGGCAGCGGGAUGCGGAUCAGCAACCGCGGCUGCCGUAGGAGGCCAAGGUGGAACCGCUACGGCCAGAGGUCGUUUCCCCGGUCGGCCUUGGUCAUCACGCACUCGUUUGCGUUCGGAGAAGCGAUGGCAACUCGGGCGAUCUAGCUCAGAGGCUGAUGAUGUGACUACCGGAGGGCCAAGGCCCGCAAACCUGGGUCCUUCGUUAAACGAAGACCAGUCUCACUUGCGCCUACUUGGGAUUGAAGCAAGCCACAAGAUCCUCGGACAAGCUGGUUAUAGCUCUAGCGGAAGCGAAGAGGGGGAUGAUUUCAAAGGAUUUGAAGCUGACAAAAAAGGCUCAGUGGAAAUUGUGACAUCACAACAAAUUUCUUCCAAAGGUGAUGUGGUCAACACGAAAUCUAAACGUAAAGGUGAGAAGCCACCGAAGAAAAUCCCAGCGAAAGACGCAGCUGUCCCCUCCGAUCCUGUCAAAGAUGUUGAAGCUGUGGAGGAAGCGCUCAGCGCAGCUCCCGAAACGAAACCAGCAAAAACCUCGAAAGGAAAAAACACUACGGAYAAACAGUCCGCGAAAAGCAGAGCUUCAGCAGCGUCACCGAGGAUUACAAUAAAGUUAGUGGCCAAAAAGAAAAUAAAAACUAUAAAGGAGCCUCAAAAGAAAUCGGCAAAAAAGUUGAAGGCAAAAGAAGAAGCGCAGGAGCUGCCUGUUGUCAAGGACAUUCAGGACGACCAGAUUUUAAGUGCUCACAUCAAAGUAAAGACUGAAACGUUUGUGGACGAAAAAGACACGGAGGAUAAAGGAGCAGGGACCAUACCCACGAGAAGACGCGGGAGGUCUGCUGUGAAGACAGCAGAAGCUGUUAGCCAGUCUGCUGCCAAAGUUCUGGUCGAAGACCAAAAAUCCAGAGAGAGCGAAGUGACUGACACUGGAAAGGACAGUGGCUGUGUGGAGACAAAACCUAAUGCAAAGGAAUUAAAGAAAAAGAAAGCAGUGGCUCCUCAGGGUACUGUGGCUAAACAAGGGACACGUCGGAGCAACAGAGUUACCAACCUGGUCCUUAAAACAAGCACUGACAUCGUAUCUGAAACAGAAUGUCUGAAUAAAACUGACACUGUUCUGACAGAAUCCAUUUCAAAAGUUUCAGAYAAAGCUGAGGCCAAACCGUUAGCUGUUAGAGAAAGACGGAGGCAAAGCAAGAGGCUAAACAAAGAUCUUUCAGUGCCAGAAAACCAAGACCCUUCAUCCACAGAGCCUCACAAUUCAGCUGCAAAAAGCAGUGACGGUUCACCUUUUAAACACGAGGAAAUGAGGGUCCCGAGCCUAAAGUUAAUAAAAAUCAAAAACCCCAAAUAUGAUCCUCAAGCCAGUGGGAAGACCUCAUCUCGUAAGAAAAAGCGAAGAAAACACAUCUGGACGUUAGCGUUGGUGAAAGGAGGAGGUCAGACUCUGGAGACUAAAAAUGCUGUCAAAGUCCCAGCAGAGACUGUGAGCCCAGCGGGUCGGCCGCCUCCUAGUGUGACCAGCCUCACCAAGAAUAUAAAAGGACCGGGCAAAAAGUCAAAACAGGAGAAUACAGAGUCACAGGAAACUGUGACGAGUAUUGAGAAGGAGCUUCGAACCAACGCUGACUUGGAAAAAUCAAGUUCCCAGGUGCACGCUGAAGUAGAACCCGCAUCCGAGACACCUGCCCAAGAAAUGACUAAAACCGAUAGCGGGAAAGUUGUGCCGCCGCUUCAGAUCAAAAAGGUCUCCUCGCCCGGUAAACGUAAAAGCUCCAAACCGUCGUUUUUGAUCCAGCAGGUUAGCCCUGUGCCCGAAAAGAAGGCGGAUGUCCCUAAAGAGCCRGUCGAAGCUCCUGAGGAGAAGUCGUCUACUGCGGAUGCCGAGGCCACGCCUACGAGGAAACUGAGGAGACGGACGUCAAGCAUCGAAUCGCCGCAAACAAAACCUGUCAGUCAAAAGCCGGGGAUUACUCAGAAACGCAGGUUGAGAAACAGUGCACCGGAGGAAGAGGCUCCACAGGUGCAAGUCCAAGUUUCGUCUCAGGUUUCAACCGAAGAUUCCRCCUCACAAGCUCUUCCCGAAAACACUUGCCACCUUUUGGCUGUGGAGCCACCCCAGGUGACCGCUGUAAAYGUCUCUGAAGUUCCAGAGCAGGACACCUUAAAGUUUACAGACGAUCCUGCUCAGUUGCCAGCGGACGUUUGUCCGCAGGAGGAAGAGAAAAAGGUAGAACCGCAGACUGAAGAGGCCAAACCAUUACCUGUGCCUUCCAGGCCUAGAAAACCUAGAAAUAAUAAGCUAAGGAAAAAGAAGUCUGUUCGAAAGAAGGUGGUGGCUGUUUCUCCUGAUACGACGGUGGACACAACUCCUACUGCUGUGGAUUCUGGUAACGUAGAGCCUGUUGAAAAGGAAGCUGCUCAGCCUUUAGUCGUAGAAGUAAGUCAGCCUGAGACAAAAGAAUGCACAUUGCCGGAGGUUACGCCGGAGACCAAACUGGACACUGCGUUGGUGGAAGAAAAGCAGCCACCAGUUAAAGAGGAACCAGACAUGCAGUUAAUCGAUAGUCAGCCGUCAGUGGUGUUCGAAAGUCAAGCCAGUGAUUUAAAAACAUUAAAGAUGUCUACCAAAAAGGUAAAAAAGAGACGCAAAAACUUAAUAGGGCAGCGUCCAAAACACAGGCACAGAGGCAGAGAUGGAAAGUUUGCUCCACUUAAAUUCCCUAAAGGUCAGAGUAUCAGCAAGGCGGCCAGUAACACUUCCAGCUCACUGGCAGCUCUCACAUCAACUCCAGGCUCUAAGCUCCUUGAUGUGCAGAAAAAGCACAAAAAGAAACAAUCGAGUCUUCGGCUUAUUGGAACUAAAGGGUCCAAAUCGCCUCCUAAAAUUCUUUCUACGCUGAUGGAAGUGGGACUGGAAAAGGGGACUUUGAAGCAAGAAGCGGUAGACACCCCGGUAGACUCGGGGCAAGCCGACGUCAGCGCUCAGCCCGGCAAGUCCAAGUUCGUCAAGAACAUCAAGCACUUCAUCAUGCCCGUCGUAAGCGCUAGAUCCUCGCGCGUUAUCAAGACCCCGCAGAGAUUCAUGGACGACGCCGGGAUGUCUGUGCUGCCUCGACGCAACUCCCCGAAAAAGGGACUGCAGCUGGGUUUGCCGAUGCGUCCAGCGAAGAGGCGAGACGACGAAGCAGAAAGAGCAAUAUCCCCCAUCUUUUCCAUUGACGAGGAGGACAUAUUGAGCGAAGCCCAGUUAGAUGUGGACGUGUUUUCGGCUCAGGACCUGGACGACAACCUCGAUCUAGCAGAAAGCCUGUUUUCUGAACGAAAGUCUGGCAAAAAUGAAAUGAAAGAGUCCCUUCUGAAUAACUCGAGCUUCAAGUGGCAUCUUCCAGAGGACUCUAGCGAGGAGUUAUAYACACUGGACAAAACCCCAGAGAGCAAAUGUGACAAUCUGUUUUUAUCGGCAACAGUGGAGAAACCUCCAGAACCACCGCUGGACCUCGUUGAYGCUCUAAGCAAGAAAAGUCCGCCCAAGUUCAACAAGCAAGCAGCCCAUCUCAGAAUCUAUCAGAGGCUGAAGAAGCCGCACCCGGGACUUCCAAAGAGCAGGACCACACAAGAGGCUGAACCUGUGAAUAAACCUGCUCAGCCCCCUGUGGAUUUGGCGGAAGGACUAGACGAUGAGGUCAUGAGCAUAAGUCUGAGACAGCGGGACACGAGCACAGAAAAGCCCAAGCUCAAAAUCGAAGACCUCGAUUCUCCCGGAGUGGUGAGGAAGGUGUGCGUUCGGACRACGGACCCCAACACGCUUAUACUGCAUCAAAGCAAAGAGGACAGUCUAGCAGGAAAUGAACCCGCCCGGCUUGACUCAGAAGUGCUGAAGCCAGUACAGAAGAGAACCGAAGGUGUUCAUUCUGCGUCCGUAGAGAAGGGAGUCCCCCAAAGGUCCCGCCUUUCUGGUGCAAAUAAAAGAAUGUUGAAUCUCCUCAGGAAAGCCAAGGUUCAACUCAUUAAAAUUGACCAGAAGCAGAAGCAGCUAAAGUCCUCUGGGCUGUUGUCCGGCCCAGUUGGAGCCAGGUCGCAAGAUAUCUCCUCGAAGAGGCAAAGGAGGAAGCAGAGGAUGCAGCUUCCUCCUGAUGUUCCGGUCAAGACAGAGCCACUUCAAGGACAACCACAGCUCAUCUCUCCACUGUGCCAGGAGUUCCGCAGAGCCGGAGGGCCACGGAUCAAGCAUGUGUGUCGUGCUGCCUCCGUGGUGCUGGGGCAGCCUCGAGCCCUGGUACCCGACGACAUUCCCAGAUUAAGCGCCUUGCCGCUGCACGAGCGAUUCGGCAUUUCCCCAUCAGCUGUCACCCAAGAUAUUGGGUCUCCAUCAGAGUCCGACAGCCCGGGGCUGUCAGAUGUGAAGGUGACAAAGUCGAAGAAGCCAUCGCAUUUCGUGAAACGGAAAGGACUCGGGCCGUUYGGGUACCGCUCUCGGAGGUGCGGGGUGUGCAAAGGCUGCAACCACGAGGACGACUGCGGCAGGUGCAUAAACUGCCUCGACAAACCCAAGUUCGGUGGUCCCAAUACGAAGCGGCAGUGCUGUGUGUAUAAGAGAUGCGAUCAGAUUGAAGAGAGGAAAGCACGCAGACUUAGUGGCAGAACGGUGCCCAAAGGUUCCACGAAGCGAAGGCGGCCAUCUCUCAGCGGGGGUCAUUCGAGUAACGAUGAAGGGAACGAUGGUGCCGGAGACUCGCCGUCUGGCCUCCACACCGACUGCAGCAGCCCGUCGGUGAGGAAGCAGCCGAAACGCGUCGUGAAACCYCGGGUUUAUUUCGACCUGGUGGAUUACGAAUCGGAUCUGGACGAGAAAAACUUCUCUAGUUCUGCUUCGCCGGCAAGAAGGCGGGGUGCUGGGCCGCGCUUCAGUCAAGACUUUAUAUCUCUGGAUGGAUUCUUGGAAGACUUUUCGGACGAUGAAGUCAGGCAUCGCAAAUCUAGUUCUCAUCGGGUACCACAGGGUCGACGGAAAUCCGAGAAGGUUCUUCCGUCUCCAAGCCCUUUGGAGCAGACCCCUCCCAGCGUCCUCGCUGCCUUGGCUCAUGGGUUCGAGCAGCGGGAAGUUGAGUCUUCUAAACCGACUCACAAAAUCAGGGUUGACUUCAAGGAGGACUGCACCUUAGAGAACGUCUGGAAUAUGGGGGGUUUAAGUAUACUGACCUCCGCACCUCUCAUGCCACCCUACGUUUGCUUCCUUUGUGCCAGUAAGGGGCAACAUGAGAUGUUGUACUGCCAGGUGUGCUGCGAACCCUUCCACCAGUUUUGCCUCGAACCCGCCGAGCGGCCGACUGAGGAGAACAAAGAGAACUGGUGCUGCCGACGCUGCAAGUUCUGUCACGUGUGCGGGAGAAAAAACAAGCUCUCCAAGCCGCUAUUGGAGUGUGAGCGCUGCCAGAACUGUUAUCACGCUUCCUGUUUGGGACCGAACUACCCGAAGCAGCCUAAGAAGAAAAAAACCUGGGUUUGUAUGACGUGCAUCCGGUGCAAAAGCUGUAGCGUCACACCGGGGAAGACUUGGGACACGGACUGGAACCACGACAAAGGCCUCUGUCCAGAUUGUUCCAAACUCUUUGACCAGGGUAAUUACUGUCCAAUCUGCUUCAAGUGUUAUGAAGACAAUGACUAUGACAGUCAGAUGAUGCAGUGUGGCACAUGUAACCACUGGGUACAUGCCAAGUGUGAGGAUCUAACAGACGAGCUGUACGAGAUCCUUUCCAGCCUGCCUGAGAGCGUGGUGUAUUCGUGUCGGCCGUGCAGCGUGACGCAGCCCAGUGCCUGGAGAGAGCUGCUCUACAUCGAGCUCCGGGCCGGCGUGGAGAAGGUGCUGGCUUGCCUUCUCUCGUCCACCCUCACCCAGCACCUUGUUACAUGCUCACAGUGUGAAAGGUUGGUCGAUCCUGACGGUGGAAUGGAAGGACAGCCAGCCUGUGACCUCCGAGCUGUUGGCAAGAAGUUUGACAAAGGCCUCUAUACGUCCCUUAAAAUGUUCCAUGAAGAUGUGGUUCAAGUGGUGCGAAAGAGACUUGAGCUAGAAGACCACCUUCCAGAUGAGCAAAGACCCACGGCCCUGGCACGCUCGUACUACUUAAAGCUCCUUGAAGAGGUCUUUAACUGGUUCAAUGGCCAGGACCCAAAGCUGUGGAACAUUUCUACAAAAGGCUUGCCCAUGGGGAUGCUGUCCCAGGCUGUUCAUCCUCCCACAACAGAGCACGUUUACGCCCAGUGGCAGGAGAGGAAGGAGCUCUCGUCCAGGCCUCCGUUGGGUCUCCUGCAGGAGGAUAAUGGACAAAACCUGGACAUAAAGGAGGAAGAGGCCGCUUCGCCGAUGUCAGGAGACCCAACAAACUGGAAUCAUUUUAAAACCAGCAGGACUAUCAAAGUCAAAGGGAGGAGAGGCAGGCUUUCAAAAGCUGACUUAGACACCGGAUGGACUAAAGAGGAUGAACGGCAGUGCUCUUUGUGCCAAAAAUAUGGAGACCUGAAACCCAAUGAAGCAGGCAGGUUGCUGUACCUGGGUCAGAAUGAGUGGGCACACGUCAACUGCUGCCUGUGGUCGGCAGAGGUGUUUGAAGAAGACAACGGCUCUCUUCUGCACGUACACAGCGCGGUCACAAGAGGGCGCUUGAUGCGAUGUGAACGCUGCAAUCAGACGGGCGCCACCGUGGGCUGCUGUUUGACUUCUUGUCAAAGUAAUUACCACUUCAUGUGUGCCCGCUCCCGGCAGUGUGUAUUCCAGGACGACAAGAAGGUCUACUGCUACAAACACCGGCAUCUCAUCAGCGGCAGGAUGAUAACUGGUCAGGAGUUUGAAGUAAACCGCAGGGUUUAUGUGGAUUUUGAAGGGAUCAGCCUUCGCAGAAAGUUCCUGACUGGUGUGGAGCCUGAACUGAUCAAUGUGAUGAUUGGUUCGUUGCAGAUUGAAAAGUUAGGUGUGCUGACUGAACUUUCAGCUUCCAAAGGCAAAUUGUUCCCUGUGGGGCUCCAGUGUUCUCGGUGGUACUGGAGCACAGUUAACCCAUUGCGGCGGUGCAGAUAUACAUGUACAAUCAGGGAAGUCCGGCCCGUAGUCCCRGAGAAGCCUGUUGAAGAAAUGCCAGACCGAGGAGAAAAUCAGACCAUUGCUCACAGCCCCUGUCAACUACCUGAAUCUGAAGCCCAAGAAAGUGAUGUGCCAGAAAGUCAACCCUCAGCAGAAGAAAUCUUUAUYCCAGGUCUUCCCUUAAAGUCAGAUCACAAUGCAAAACCAAAAGUUCCUGUUCAUCCCCUGCCCAGAAGACCAGCUGGAGGACUGUCCCGACCUCUUCCAUCUCCUGGUAUAACCCAGUCAAAGCCYCACCAUAUUCUGACCAUAAGUGAUCUAGAAGAGACUCGAAGAGCUCGUCGCCUUAGCCCACACUCACACUGUCAGACMUCUGGUCUUCGCGGUCGCAUGUCCCCCCCUCCACUGGCUUCUCUAACUGGACCAGCUUCCCAUCGUGCUGUCAAAUCUUCCCUGCCUACCUCUCCACUCUUCCCACUCUCAGACAACUCACUGAACUGUCCGUCAUCCCGCUCCAUCGGCGGUAGAAACGGCUCCUCGGGUCGUUGCCCUGGGAGCAAAUUAACGCCCUGUACAUCGUCAUUCUUUCCUCAGUCUCACUGGCAGGACAGUUCUGCCUCAGUAAGUCUGCCGUACUCCUCAUCCAUGCAGCAUUUACCCAGAAAUCAUUUGUCRUUUGAACUGAAUCAAUCAGACUCUGUCGAGGUACCGCACAACUUCUUGGCUUCCCCGGAACCUGAGGACAUCUCUCCAACCAAUGGUACGUCGCCCCACGGGGACAUGGGCAAACACAGCAAAGAGUUUUCAUACAGUUCAUUCCACAAGGAUCCCAGUCUAAGUUUGGGCGAGGAGAUGCGARCAGAACUUGAGAUUGAAGAAACGCUGCUGAAUGAAGGGGUGGCGAUGAACUGUGGGGGGCAAAUAGUGGUAGAAGGUGAYGAUCAGGAGGAGUUCUGGGGAAGAACCCAAGAGGUGCACAAGAAGAAAACCCUUGUUGCAAAUCUUCCACGAUCGGCAGCCUCUGCCAAGGAAGACUUGGGAAACACGUCCUCUGAUGAUGACAUGGACCACUAUUUUGAUUUUUCACGAACAAUAGUGAGCCUCCCGCUGUCAAAAGAUCGGUCCAAGUCACCUUCCUCCUCUUCUUCGCGGCCCUUGGCGCAACUUGACGGUGUUGACGACGGGACAGAGAGUGAUGCGAGUGUAGCAACAACGGAUGAUGCUCAGAAAGUGGGUAAUUCAGGCAAAAAUCAGAUACAGAGAAAAAACCUUAAUAAAAACUCUUCUGAAACUUCUAAUGGUGGAAACCUCCCCAAUACGUCAUCAAAUGAUAGACAAACACAAUCUUCGUCCGUUGCURUUUCAGUUUCUAAAAGAUCUACAGGUGACAGUUCACCUUUGUUCCGUGAUGCCAGCAAAACGUCCGACACUCCUUUAGUAGAACUAAAAAUCCUACCCUCUUCAGUUGUUGACUGUCUUCCUAACUUACUCACAAAGGUGCCUGAGACAUCAUACUCAGAGGAGACAAUACUUGGUUCCAGUUUAGGCCUUGUCCCUGAUACACCUCUUGUUUUUGAGAAAUGUCACAGUACCCCGUGUUUCACAGAACUGCUUCCUGUACUGCAUGAUACUCCAAACCAGUCGGAGGCAGUCCUGAACUCGGACCCUGAAAUUAAUAACUUUGCAUCUGAAGGGUCUUCUGUGCUGAUGAACCAYUUGGCAAUUGAACCCUCAUUAGCAGAGUCAGCUGGUAGUACCCAAAGCUCCCUUAUGGGUCUUCUUGAACCAUCUCCUUUAAUGUCCACUGAUACCCAGAACCACUCACGAUGCCUUGAYGAUCCUCUGGAGAUGUAUUCUUGUUUACCAGGUUUCAGUCAGCCUCCUCUGUCAAGUAUCACACUUCAGCCGGUGAUGACGACGCAAGAAUCAACAAACUUCCCUACCUUAGAGCCUUUCUCUACUAAUCUAACGAACCUCACUCCUGUGGAAGAUGUGACAGAAAUGCAGCUAAAUGUUGCAAAUACAAAUAGUCCUGGGUUACCAGCAAUGCCAGGGACUUGUCCCCCAGCAGUAACUUGUGCAGCCAUUUCCAUUUCUGCAUAUCCAACACAAACACAGCCAUUCAAUUCUGCGACUGUCACCGCUGUUUCUUCUUCCUCUAUGCUAUCGACACAUUGUUCAGCUGCUCCAACGCCAUUACAGACCACCACCGCCCCUGUGAUGGUGAAUGGUUAUAGCUCCUCGUCCGUGCAGAAGGAACCCACAGCUGGUCACACGAUCUCGAUCAACUUCUCCACUCCCCGGCCAGUUAUGGAGCCUCAGCAGCCAGUGCUGCCCCAGGCAUUACCAGGUCACGCCAUCCUCACUGUGAAGGAAGUAGGAGGUCCGAACGUAGAUCCUACUCCGCACGUACUUCUGGUGAACCGGCUCGGUCAGAUCUUCGURAAGAACCCUGAAAGCAACACCUUCCAGCUGCCCACUCCCAAUUCCUCCUCCUAUAAUUGCGUCACUCAAAUUGCCAGCCUUUUACAGAGCAACGCKCUUUCAGCCACGCUGGCGGCGGCUGGCAACAUGAUGGCUGCGCUGCCCGGCACCAACGUGACGGCGGUCACUGGGUCUGUCGCGCCUGCUGUYCAGAACCCAGCUACAGUCACUCAGUUGCUCAGCAACAAUAACAACACUGCUGUGGCACURUCAAAUGCGAAAAAGUCGAAGAAAAACCCAAAAGCACCAAAGGAUGAAAUGGCCCCAGAAAUGAAAAAGCCAAAGAAGAAGAAGGAGUCGAAUUCAUYCAAAACAUCAAAGUCAUCCAAGGCAGCGGGGCAGGCAUCCCUGUCUACAGAAACUCAUCCUGUGACUCCUGCCGAAAGUGCCCAGGCCAUCAUUAAUCAAGCAAUGGCGAGUAACUACACCCCCAAGUGGAGCGGGCUCCGAACCAUGAGCCCCUCCUCCCUGGUUUUACCRCCUGGCCUUUUGAUUGAACCAGAGCCUCCAGCGUCACCACGCUCUCCUUCUCCAGCACCAGCUCCCACRCCUCGCCCCCGAACCCACGUUCGCAUGAAGAGGGUGUCCUCACUUUCCGAUCGCAUCAUCACCAAGAAGUCGAAAGUGGACUUCCUGCAGCCAGAGGCCGUCAGCGAGGAAGAGGAGCAUCAGGAGGCAACUUUUCCGAGCAUCCCCAGCCGAGCCUCGGGGGUUCGCAUCAAAACCCCAACAGUGAAAGGAGUCCUGAACCUGGACGAGCUCAAGGAGGAGCACAUGAGUGAUUCUGAUAGCUCAGGAUCAGAGCCUUGGAGUUAUUUGUCUCAGGAUGAACAAGACAAACAGCAGGCAUGGGAACCGGUGGGGCACAACAGUCUCACAGACUGGAAGAAAUACUCUGGCGCUGCGUCACCCUCAGAAGAUGAGACGUCACCAUCUGAUGACGAUGAGGAAUGUCCAGCUAACAAAGAGCAGCCUCAUCUGAGAUUUGAGAUCACCAGCGAUGACGGUUUUAGUGUGGAGGCCGAAAGUAUUGAGGUGGCGUGGAAAGCGGUGAUAGAUGGUGUGCAGGAGGCACGCGCUAUCGCCAGACUCCGGCCUUUGACCUUUCAGAAGAUCACCGGCGCCCGUAUGCUCGGCCUGAUCCACGACGCCGUGGUUUAUCUGCUGGAGCAACUGGAAGGAGCUCCUCGGUGUCUGCGGCACACCUUCCGUUUCUUCAAACAGUUCAGCCAGGACGACGAUCUGCCUGUGAAUCCCAGUGGCUGUGCGCGCUCUGAACUCUACGUUAGGAAGUCAACCUUUGAUAUGUUUAACUUCCUGGCGUCUCAGCACAGACAGCUUCCUGACAUCGGACCAUAUGAUGAUGAGGAAGACGAAGUUCUUUUGAAGUCCACAAGACGGGCCACCAGUUUGGAGYUGCCCAUGGCCAUGCGUUUCAGACACCUUGAGAGGACGUCCAAGGAGGCUGUAGGGGUGUACAG